CAAAAACUAAACACAAUGGAUAUAGUCAGUGAGGAAGUCAACGAAAAUAUGACCAAGUCGAAAGAACUAGAAGUGGAGGCAAAUCCAGAGCCAGAGAUUGAGCCUGAUCCUGAUGCGGUUGCCACUCAAGCGACAGAGGAGGAAACCACUUUGCAACAAUUAAAGGCCAAAAAGAACAAAUCAAAUCUAUUUCUAAUCAAAUCGUAUAGUUUUAUUGAAAGAGCCAAUAACAAUAAUAAUAAUAAUAGCAAUAAUAGCAAUACAGAUGAUAAUGGCAAUGGUCGGGCAGGAUCUAAGGUGUCCAGUGUUAGUGUACCAUCAGCGGAUCUGUUGCAAUCGCCCGAUUUGCAACCAUUCGAUAAUAUCGAGUCCAUAUUUUUGGCUCAGGCAACAGAUAAAGAUGACAAAGACAAAGACAAAGGCUGGUCCAAAAAGAGGGCAGGGCGUCUGAAGAAGCCCAAGAAAGAGAAGCCACCAAAGCAGCCAAAGAUCAAGUCGAAAACCAAUGCCAAAGACAAGGCAAAGGGCGAUUUAGCUGAGCCCGAAGAGAAGCUUCUGCGGCGCAAGCAGCCUGUGUUUUUGCCCCUCCCCAUGCCUCUAACAUCCACCAGCCGUCUACAUGAGUACGAGGAAAUACUUGAGACAACAGCCACAAAUGGCCAUGGCUCGUUGCCGCGUCCUCAAUCUCUGCCAGCCAAGGUGCACUUUGAGAAUGCUGCAGCCACAAUAACAACGACCACAACAACAACGGCGAUAUCCAAGGAAACGGGGACAGUGAAACGUUCCAGUGCCAACAUCAAGAGGGAGUCCUUCCUGCGUCAGAGCCUGCAGUCCAUACGACGUAGUUUCGGCUCAAACAAACAUUCCCCCAAAUUGGCCAUGGCUCUGGAAUCACCAGAAUCCCCAACAGCUGAAGCUGUCAUCUGUUCCAGAUCAAGUUCCUCGUCGGCAGCCUCCACUUCAUCGGCCGUCUCUUGUUCCUCAUCGAGCGCCUCAUCGUGGUCGUCUACAUCGGCUGCCAUUAACAUUUUGUCCAAAGCUCCAGGGCAUAAUCGUCGUCUGGAUGAGAUUAUGCCCACUCCGGUGGUUCUAUUGCUGAACGAUGAUUUGAUGUUGCAACUGCAAUUGGAUGAAAUCGAUGGCGAUGGCGGCGACACAUUGAAAAGAUCAACAAGCAGUGUUAGCGCCAUUGCCACAGGCAAUGCUGGCCUCGAAGAGCUUUCGUCGAGCGUUAACGGUCUGGCAUCAACGCAUAAUGGAGCAGCAACUGCAUCUGAAAUUGCCCCACUAAACGAGAAACAGCAACAGAAUCAGAAGCAACGCCAACAGCAAUACAGUCAACAACAUAGCCUACAAGAAACAACAGCUCCUCCAACAAAGAAAGACAAAGGCGACAGAUCCUUGAGGCACAGCUAUUCCAGCUCACUUAGUCCCCUGAACCAAUUGCAGACGAGUGGCAGUGUGCGCAGUUUGGGAAGCAGCCCCAGUCCUAGUCCCAGUCCGAGGAGUAGUCACAGUCAGAGCAGCGGUUCGGCAGCCGGAACCGGUUGCAAUUACACCGGCAACACGGCCAAACAGCAUGAGCAGCAAUCGGCAGCGGCAGCGGCAGUGCCACCAGGCGUUGCACAGUCAACUUCUGCUGCCGCUGCCGCUGCCGCUGCCGCUGCUGCAGCUGCAGCAAGUGGCAAUGUCUCGACAACUUCGAAUGGGGCAACUGCCUCCAGUGAGAAGGACAAAGACAAGGAUAAGGAUAAAGAUAAGGAGAAAGAGAAGAAACGGAAGGAAGUGUCCAGUUCGCGGGUUAAAAAGUUUCAUCGACAUUUCACACAGGUCUCCAAGGAUGAAAAACUAAUCAAUUACUUCUCAUGCGCUCUGGUCAGCGAUAUUUUGCUCCAGGGUCAUCUCUAUAUAACUGAUCAACACUUUGCCUUCUAUUCGAAUGUUUUCGGUUAUGUGACUAAGGUUGUUAUACCCACAACUUCAGUGACGAAAAUUUCCAAGGAGAAAAUGGCCAAAAUUAUACCAAAUGCCGUGGGAGUGGCCACAAUGGAUGAGCGUCAUGUUUUUGGCAGUUUUAUCAGUCGGGAGUCGGCAUUCCGUUUGAUGUGCACUGUGUGCCCCCAGCUGGCUGCCGGUGCGGAGAUUCUACCCAAACCGUUGCCUGUGGAUAGCGAGAUGCCUGAAGAAUUCUUCAAUGAAGACGAUAGCAGCUGCUCCAUCAGUGGCAAUGAGAGUCCUCCUCAACUGGCGGCAUUGGAUAAGGGAACGGAUAAAUUGCAGCCAAUUGUUGAUCCACCAUUACUAAGGCAGCGCAUUGUGGGCAAUGCCGAGCUAAAGCCACCAAGACAUUCCGAUAUGCCGGGAAAGAACAGUCUGCACAACUGUCUGGAUGUGAAUGGACCUGGUUCGGUGUCAAUACGUAGCUCUGCUCCACCUAUUGUUCACUAUGAAGAGCAGAAGCAACAACUGCACUCUAGCCGCUUGUCCUCCGCAUCCACAUCGACAUCCAAUUCCGCCAAUGUCUCGGCCUCGUCCACCGGCCCACCGUCCAGCUCAUCGUCCCCCAUUACUGUGGUGGGUGUAGGUGGGCCGCCAUCGCUGUCACCAGGCUCCGGUGGUGCAGCAGCAUCUUCAUCUCGAUUCCUGGGUGGCAGGUUUGGAGGCCUUAUACAGGCGGCACGUUCCCGUUUACCGUUGCCUUCGCUGACCGAACUGCAUGUCCUCUAUCUGGGCAUCAUGUUGUCCAUCAUGUUGGCCCUUUUCUCUGCAUUUCUGCUCUAUCGCAUUCUAGAUAUCGAGGCAAAAACGAGUCUCUAUCACACACCGAUCGAUUUCAAUUGGCACAACGCCGGCAAUGACGAGGAUAUCUUUGCCGAGGCAUUGCGUUGGCAAAAGGAACUACAAGCCAAGAGCACAGCAGAAGCUCAGCAUAUUCUGUCCAAAAAUCUGGAACAAAUAACUAAGGUACGUCGCAGUUUGGAAACACUCUCAAUGCUGAUCCAUGAUAGAAGAUCUGGCUAUGGAGAGGAACAGGCAGCGGGCCAGUCCCAGCAGGAUCUGGAUCUGGAUCAGGUUGUAACCGCAAGCGGCCAAUCCCAUAGCGUUAAUAGUGACUGAUUUUAAAUGGCGUUUUUUCUCUAUAUAUAUAUAUCUAUAUAUAUAUAUAUACUAUAUACUAUACUAUAUAUUAUAUAUACUCGUACCAUAUUUAAGUCAUUUUAGUUCAAUUUAUGCAGCUUUAUUCUUACAAUUAGUUGAAAGUUUUAGUCAAAGCUAUAUAUGUAUAUGUAUAUCUAUGCAUAUAUAGAUUUAUACAAUCUUCCAAAACAAAAACAAAAAUUGCAAGUUUCUCUGAACAGCUUAAUGAAUUUAAAGUCAAGAAUAAUCAAAUACUACAAUCGUUGAUAUCGAUUAUAUACCUAUAUAUAUAUACAUAAAUUAUGCAUAUAUUACUAUAUAAUAGUUUUGUAUGUUUUAAGUUUUAAUGGUUUAUGCUGCAUUCUUAAACAAGUUUUUUUUUCUGAAUAUGAAAAUGAGAAGUAAAACAAACGAAAAUGGAAA